GGGGCCGGGCCCGGCGGGGAGCCGCCGCAGGAGGGGUGCGGGGAGCCCGACCUGGUGAUCGAGGUGUCCGGGCAGCGCCUCCGAGCGCACAAGGCGGUGCUGGCGGCCAAGAGCGACUAUUUCCGCGCCCGCUCUUCGCGGGACAUCCUGCGCGUCAAGGGGGUGAGCUACGGGGCGCUGCGCCUGCUGCUGGAGUACGUCUACACGGCGCGCAUGGGCGAGGUGCGCCACGACAACCUGGCCGAGGUGGUGAGCGGGGCGCGGGUGCUGCAGAUGCCGUGCGCCCUGCACUGCGCCGCCGAGGCCAUGCGGGCGCAGCUGCGCCUCGACAACUGCUACCAGCUCCUGGCCCUGGCCAAGAAGCAGCGCCUGGCCGAGCUGCGGGAGGCCGCCUACCGCUUCAUGAGCGACCACUACCUGCAGGUGCUGCGCGAGCCCGCCGUCUACGGGCGCCUGAGCGGCGCCGAGCGGGACCUGAUCCUCCGGCGCCGCCUGGAGGCCGGCAAGCCCUGCCUGCUGGUGGCCGAGGUGAGCGACGCCUUCGAGAGGCUCGGCUCGGGCAGCCGCCCGCAGAGCCGCGAGAGCAGCCGGCCCCAGAGCCCCUCCUCGGUGGUGUCCCUCGACGAGAGCGGCUACCUGCUCUACAGCUACCAGGAGGCCUCCAAGGAGUGGGAGGUGCUCACCCGCCUGCCCGAGGAGGCCAACGCCAAGGGGUGCGCCAUGUGCGUCCUCUACAACUACCUCUUCUUGGCCGGCGGCAUCUCCGCCGCUGCCCUGGGGGACCAGCGAGCUAAGCUCUCCGACAAAGUGUUUUGCUACAACCCCUUGACGGACACCUGGAGCCAGGUGAGGCCGAUGGGGCAGCCUCGCUCUCAGCUGAAGCUCCUGGCCCUGGACGGCUAUCUCUAUGCCGUGGGAGGAGAGUGCCUCUUCACGGUAGAGAGGUACGACCCCCGGGCAGAUCGCUGGAGCCUGGUGGCCCCGUUGCCCAAAGGAGCGUUUGCCGUAGCCCACGAAGCCACUACCUGCAAUGGGGAGAUCUACGUGUCGGGGGGGUCACUCUUCUACCGCCUGCUCAAGUAUGACCCCAAGCGGGGUGAGUGGCAAGAGUGCCCGUACAACAGUAGCCGGCGCCGCUCCACGGACAUGGUGGCUUACAAGAAUUUCAUUUACCGCUUUGAUGUGAGCAGCAGUCGUGGAGAACCAGGGCAGGCAGGCGGGGUGGAUGUCUUCCGAUACAAUACGGUGGCCAAACACUGGAGUCAGUGUGCCUCCUUGCGCCCCACGGGCAGCCCGGUGCAGCCUUUCCGUUGCGCUGCAUUGGGUGACACCAUUUACUGCGUCAACCGGACUGGAAUGCUGUGCUUUAACUUGUCCCAGAACGGCGAGGUGGAAGCGGACGGUGGCCUCAAAGGCACCUUCGACGCAGAGUUCCUCAAGGCUCCGUAUGAUGCCAAAGGGGUCCUUCUCCCAUUUGUGCUCACCUUGCCAGAGAAGGAAAAAACUGGGGAGCCAGAAAGUCCUCUGGCGUUGUGAGAACUGACCUUGGGAAUGCAUCUUGGCACACAACUCACGCCAUUCGUCUGUUCUAGGUAUUGAUGUCCACAGCGUAGGCUUUCCUACCGUGAGAAGAACCAGCAAGAGUGUCUGCUAGCAUCGGUAAUGGGAGCACCAAAGCAACAGAGGUUUAACUGAAGGGCGAAAGUCACUUGUCUGGCAACACCGUCUUGCAGCUGAAGAAACAAACACAGAAGAGCAUUGUCAGGAAUGUUCUUAAUGUACACAUGCAUGCACCGCAAUGGAGAAUCGUGCUGGAGAAUCCAGGGGACUCCAGCGAGCUGUAAAUAUUGAAAGCUUUUCUAGGAUAUGUCAUGCAAGAAGGAAUUCAUCUCUUGGCGCUUUUAUACACCAAUCAGCAAAGGCGGCUAAGAUAGAUUAAUUGUUGUACGAUGUCAGUGCCACUUUCAGUCUAAUGGGAUUGUAGGGCUCUCAAAAAAUCAGGAAAGUAACAAGUCUUAGGAUUUUCAGUUCUGGGAAAUUUCUUUAUGUACCUGUUAUGGAAAAAGGGGGACCUUUUGCUGCCCUCUUCUCUCCCUUCUUCUCCCCUUGUUUUUCUUUUGGAUGUUAAUAGUAACCGGUGGGGGAAAAAAGCUUGCAAACUAUGAGUAAGAUGCGUUACGUGUUUUUAAAAAGGUUAGCAUGGUAAGAAUGUGCUUCUUGUGUUAGAGAAGCAAUCAACCAUCAUCUGAAUCACCCCCACUUUUUUGUUCAAGUUUAAUUGAGUCUUUAUUGAAAACAUAGCAUUAUACAGCCUCAGGAAGUUGCAGCUGUACUAUACAGUUUAACAGAAGCCAGACAUGAAAGGGCUGAGACAAGUUAAAUUUCUCCCAUAUGUGCGUAUGGGGGGAAAAGGCAAACUAAAAACAAAGCCAUUUAUGGAUCUGUUUGGUUCUGGUUUGGUUCUUUUUUUAAAAAAAACACGAUAUGUACAUGUGCAUAGAAACAAGUGAUCAGAAAUGUACAAUCAGUUGUGGUCUAAACGUAUGCAUGGUGGCUUUCAGUCGUGAUUUCUCAGUGUGAGUCAUGUGCUCCAGUCUUGACAGAUUGGCAGGAAUUAACACAUAAGCAGUGAGUCCUUAGCAGAGGAUUAAAAAAGAGAGAGAGAG